ACUGUCAUCAACAAUAGGACCAAUGGACCACCCUACAUUUUCCUUUGCCUCUCUCACAAUCCAUCCCUGCAACUGCAUUAGACACAAAUUUAACUCAUGUCUGUCAUCUCAAUUGCCAGUGUUCCCCAGUUUAUAUAAAUUGUUCCAUCAGGACAAGAAAUAUUACCUUUUCUACUACUGCCCUUAAUAACAAUAAUCCCGUUUCUAGAAAAGAAAAGCUGUGGGAAAAGCGUGUCAUUUACCCCACGGCUUUGCUAUAUAAGAACUCCCAACAAAGACUUGCUACCUACAAAGUUUAAUAAACUUCCAUUCAUUCAAAACUGAAAAUGUCGUUUUCAUCUUCAAAAAACUUCUUAAACCGGUUCUAUGUGGAGGAGUUUCAUACAAGUAAUGAGAUCCAGAGUGGUUUCUUCUCUAAUGAUCUCCUGCCAUCACUUGGAGCUCAAAUCAACCAGGCAACAAAACUCAGAAAAUACAUAAUUUCCCAAUUCAACCCGCGUUACAGGGCCUGGGAGAUGUUUCUUGUUCUCUUGGUCAUUUAUUCGGCCUGGAUUUCUCCAUUCGAGUUUGCAUUUCUGCGUUACAAGAAAGAUGCCCUGUUCAUCAUAGACCUCAUUUUUGACAGCUUUUUCGCCAUUGAUAUUAUUCUCACCUUCUUCGUGGCAUAUCUUGAUAACCAAUCUUACCUUCUAGUUGAUAAUCGUCGAAAAAUAGCAAUAAGGUAUCUAUCCACCUGGUUCAUCUUUGAUAUCUGCUCAACAGUACCAUUUCAAUCUAUCAGUCUCCUUUUCACAGAUCACAAUGGUGGAUUAGGGAUUCAAUUUCUCAGUAUGCUUCGACUUUGGCGUCUCAGAAGAGUCAGCUCCCUGUUCUCACGACUGGAAAAGGACAUCCGUUUUAAUUAUUUCUGGACUCGCAGCACAAAGCUCAUCUCUGUAACUUUGUUUGCGGUUCAUUUUGCCGGGUGCUUUAACUAUAUGAUAGCAGAUAGAUAUCCCAAUCCGACAAAAACUUGGAUUGGUGCAGUUUAUCCUAAUUUCAAAGAUAUGAGCCUCUGGGACAAAUAUAUAACUGCAUUAUAUUGGUCCAUAGUUACAUUAACCACAACAGGAUAUGGGGAUUUGCACGCUGAGAACACAAGAGAGAUGCUGUUUGAUAUAUUUUACAUGCUAUUCAACUUGGGAUUGACAGCUUACCUCAUAGGGAACAUGACAAAUCUUGUUGUUCACUGGACCAGCCGCACUAGAAACUUUAGAGAUACCGUUAGAGCUGCUUCAGAGUUCACGAAACGAAACCAUUUGCCUCCAAAUAUACAUGGACAACUUUUGUCGCACUUAUGUCUCAAAUUCAAAACAGAAGGAUUCAAACAGCAAGAGGCCCUCAAUGGACUGCCUAAGGCCAUUCGUUCCAACAUUGCUCAUUAUCUAUUUUACCCCGUUGUCCAAAAUGUCCAUCUUUUCCAAGGAGUUUCAAGAGACUUCCUUUUCCAACUGGUAACUGAAUUGGAAGCGGAGUAUUAUCCUCCUAAAGAAGAUGUGAUUUUUCAAAAUGAGGCCCCAACAGAUGCAUAUAUACUUGUCUCGGGAGAAGUGGAGCUAGUUGCAAGGAUUGAUGGGCAAGACAAAGUCCUAAGAAAGGCUGCAGCAGGGGAAAUUUUUGGAGAAAUAGGGGUUUUAUGUGGAAAGCCUCAGCCAAUUGGUGCCCGAACAACUGAACUUUCUCAAGUGCUACGGCUGAACAGGAAAGCACUACUAAACAUUCUUCAAGCAAAUCCUGCAGAUGAACCCAUUGUUAUGAACAAUCUUUUCCUGAAACAAAAUAGAUGGAGAAGCAUAGACAUCGAGGGUUACUACCAUGAUCCAAUUUUGAUCCAAAGUAAUUGGCUUGGUCAAUCUAAAGGCAAAUAUGACCCAGUAUCGAGUUAUGAAAAUAAAUGGAAUUUAGACAAAUACAAAACAGAGUUAUUUGGGACAGAAAUGGGUGAAAAAACCAGGAUUAGUCAGCACACAGAAAUUGGGGCCACUACUGAUGCCAACGGUCAUCAUCUCAAACAAACAUAUAUCAGCUCAAGCAUUUUUAGGUAUCCAAAUAGUGCAGACGCAUUAAAAUCAGAAAAGAAGAGAGUCACCAUUCACAUGAAGUUUCAAAAGCACAAAAUUUCACAAAAGCAGUUUGGGAAGCUAAUAAUUCUACCUGAUUCACUAGAAAUGCUAUUUAAAAUAGCAGGUCAAAAGUUUGGGGAGUACAAUGUUACAAAAGUUGUAAAUACAGAGAGUGCAGAAAUCGAUGACAUAAGUGUUAUACGUGAUGGGGAUCAUUUGUUUCUGCUGCCGAGCUAGUAUUGGCAUAGAAUGCGAUGGACCUAGCAAUUAUCAAAGGCUACGAGAUAGGCAUUCAGAGAGCUAGGCACUUCGAACAAAUUGUAUAUGGCUAUAUUCUAACAAAAUUUAUACACAUUAUGGUGCAUUUUUUUAUGUGGGCAACCUCAACUAUCUUCCUCACACAUCGAGUUUUGCGGGAGACCAAACACGUCUCACCCUCACACAACGAGGCCUGCCGGAGAUCAAACCCGUCUUCCCCUCACACAAAUCCAUAUUUCCAUGACUGUUGGGCUAGAGACUUGUUGAUAAACCGGGCUCUAAUACCAGUGUUGGGUGGUAUUGUACCUUCUCAAUUCCAAAAACUAGCUCAAGAGAUGAGGAUUUCCCUCACACAACUGAAUACCAACUCUAUACACAACCGAUGUGGGAUAACCUCAACACACAUUGUAUAUAGAACAAUAGGUGUUUUCUAGAGCAUGUAGUCUCAUAUAGUCUCAAGUUGUAGGUGAUCUACCAUCCUAUGAGAAUGGUUUUAUAAUUGUCAUGAUUGAUUCUGGGCAAAUUAUGCUGGAAGCUUGGGGAUUUGAUGACUGAUUUA